AUGAGGUCGCUAAUAUCCUGGGCCUGGCUGGGCCUCCUCAGCACCACCGCCGUCGCCGACUCGAACCUCACGCACGAAUCACGAAAUAUCCUCUCGUCGGCGUUCUCGCCCCCGAAGCACUUCCGCAAUGUCAACCUCGUGCGGAAUAUCAACCUGGAGAAGAGCUAUCCCAAGGAGACGAUUAAUGUUGUGAUUGAGAAUAUCGAUAAGGCGGCGCAGAGGGAGUACUAUAUCCCCUUCGAACAGGGGUCAUUAGGGCAGAUUGGUGGAUUAGAGGUUGUAGAUAAGAAGGAGCCGGAGAAGAAGGGUUUCGCGGUGGAUGUUGUUGGUAUUAAUCCGUUCAGCACCACGGAAUACUACAAAAUCACAUUCCCAACACCCCUCCCGCCGAAGGAACAACUCACCCUCUCGAUAACCUACUUCGUCCUCUCCGCCCUCUCGCCCCUUCCCCGCGAGAUCCAGCAAACCGACAAACAAUACGUCCUGCACAAAUUUUCCGCCUACGCACCCUCGGCCUACACGACCGUCAAGCAAAAGACAAAGCUCAAACUCCCCACGACCGACGUCCCAGACGCCGUGACCCUCCCCGCUUCCCUCAACGCAGAGGGGAAAGAAGACCCGCAGAAGCAAGGGACGUCGUACACCUAUGGUCCAUACAGCGAGAUCGAAGCGGGCGCAACGCAAGAAGUCAGCGUGCGAUAUGAGUUCACGAAACCUCUCACGCACAGCAAGUUGCUCGAAAGGGACAUCGAAGUCUCGCACUGGGGCGGCAACAUCGCCACAGAAGAACGCCAAUGGCUCACGAACCGCGCCGCGACGCUCAAGAACCACUUCAACCGCGUGCAGUACCAGCAGAGCAGCUACUACAACCCUCCCACGUCCGCCUUGAAAGAGAUGCGCUUCCCGCUGGUGGUCGGAAGUGUCGACGCAUAUUUCACUGACGACAUCGGCAACGUCUCGACGAGCCGCUUCCGCACGAACAAGAAAGAGGCGAAUCUCGAACUCAAGCCCAGAUACCCCAUGUUCGGGGGAUGGAACUACAGCUUCAAAGUCGGCUGGAAUGGCGAUCUGCAGAACUUCCUGCGCAAAGUCAAAGGCGGUGACGGGGAGAGCUACGUCCUAAAAAUCCCCUUCUUCGAGGGCCCAAAGCAGGCCGAGGGCAUCGAGUACGAGCGCAUCGUAACGAGAGUCAUCCUCCCCGAAGGCGCGACAAACGUCCACUUCCAAACCACCCUCCCCAUCAUCUCCAACACCACCUCCCUACACCGCACCUUCCUCGACACCAUCGGCCGCACGGCCCUGACCCUCACGGCCGUCAACAUCGUCGACGAGCUGCGCGACCGCGAGCUCAUCGUCACCUACGACUAUCCCUUCGUGGCGAAGUUCACUAAGCCGCUCACCAUCACGGCGGGGAUUUUCGCCGUGUUUGUCGUGGCGUGGGUGGUGGGGAGUUUGGAUGUUAGUAUUGGGAGGAAGGAGGGGAAGGGGAAGAAAGUGGCGUAA